ACGCACAAACAUAAAUUAAUAGCGGUAUAAAUGUGCCCAACUUUUUACUUGUUUUCUUAAAACGUUGAAAAAAUGAAAGUUGCUGUAGAGGGCUGUGCUCAUGGCGAGUUGGAAAAGAUCUAUGAAACCAUUCAAAGCAUUGAGAAUGAAGAGGGCUUUAAAGUUGACUUGUUGCUUUGCUGUGGCGAUUUUCAAGCUACCCGUAAUCUCGAAGAUUUGCAGACGAUGGCUGUGCCGCAAAAGUACUUGGAUAUGUGUACCUUUUACAAAUACUACAGCGGUGAACUAGUGGCGCCUAUACUAACGAUUUUUAUAGGGGGUAAUCAUGAAGCCUCCAAUUAUCUACAAGAACUUCCGUACGGUGGUUGGGUAGCACCUAAUAUAUACUACUUAGGCUAUGCGGGAGUUGUGAAAGUUAAUGGCGUACGCAUAGCAGGCUUGUCAGGUAUCUACAAAGGUCAUGACUAUUUACGUGGACGCUUUGAAUAUGCACCUUACACGGACGCCACACGCACCAGUGUUUACCAUGUGCGACAGCUGGAAGUGUUUCGUUUAAAGCAAUUAUCUGGUGAAACAGAUAUAUUUAUGUCACACGAUUGGCCGCGUGGUAUAUACAAUUAUGGCAAUAAAUCUCAAUUGGCACGUUUCAAACCACAUUUUCGGGAUGAAAUGGAUAGAGGUCAACUCGGAAGUAGACCUUGUGAGGAUCUACUAAAAAUGUUAAAACCCAAGUACUGGUUCGCCGCACAUUUACAUUGUAAAUUCGCCGCAGUUGUACCACAUGAUGAAGUGGAUGAUUUAGAAACUGAUGCAAGAAAUUGCGAAGAAGAAGACUUGAAGCAAAAAGGAGUUGGCGAGAGCAAGGACGAAAAUAUAACUAAAUUUUUAGCUUUAGACAAAUGUUUGCCCAAACGACGAUUCCUGCAAUUACUCGACAUUGAAACGUCACAAUUUUCUGAAGGCGAAAUUCGUAUGGAAUAUGAUCUUGAGUGGUUAACAAUACUUUACUUGACGAAUCAUUUAACAAAUGUUAAAGCAUCCAAAUACUAUCUACCGGGUCCACAAAAUGCAGCCAGCACUGAGCGUUACAAUUUUACACCCACCGUUGAUGAAAUGGAACACGUACGCAAUAAAUUUGCUGCUGACCUGGAGGUGCCAAAAAACUUUACCCGCACUGUUGAAGCAUACAACCCUAGUGAAGAUAAUAAUGGACACGUACCGCAACCGAAAGCCCAAAUUAACCCACAGUCUCAGCAGUUUUGCGAUGCUUUAGGUAUUGACGAUCCUGUCAGCCUAGCGUUAAUAAUUGGCGGACACGAACUGAACUACUCGGCUACACUGAAUGAAAGCACAGACACAGAGUUCAAUGAUUCCGCUACAUCCUUGCAAACGGAACACUCCAGCUUGAAUAUGUCAGGUAGCACAGGUGAUGCGUUAUCGCCACGGCAGAUAAGUCCUUUUAAACGGAAGAGUAGCAUGGGUUUAAAUUUGCCAAAACCCAUAGCUGAAGUGGAAGGUGUGGAAAGUGAGCUUGAAGUAAAAAAUUCCGAUGAAAUUCAUAUUGAUAAUAUCUCUGGGGAUGAAACAGAAAAGGUGCUUCCAUUGGGAGUGGAAACAACAAACGAAGUUGAUGGGGAGACGAAUGUUUUGAGUGCGAAACCACCGAUAAAAAAAUUUAAAAGACGUAAUCAAAGUGUGUACAUGAACGAAGAUAAAGAGGUCGAGGAGUAAGUCCCUUAUUAACAUAUUCUCAAUAUUUGCUAUUUUUUAAUUAUGUGAAAAACGUAAAAUUGAUAUUUUAAUAAAGAAACUACAUAAAUUUCGACAGA